AUGAGUUAUCUUGGUAUAGGAACUAGUACUAAUAACGUUCGUGGGAGUAAUUUGAAGGUUAAAGAGAUCUUUACUAUUCAAAAGAAGGCUAAAUUUACAGACAUGAAAGCUCUUGUAUUCUUGGUAAUAGCCAAUGGGUUAGCUGCUGCCUACUCAGUGAUCCAAGCUUUGAGGUGUGUUUUGAGUAUGAUAAGAGGAAGUGUGCUCUUCAACAAGCCCUUGGCUUGGGUCAUUUUCUCUGGUGAUCAGAUAAUGGCGUACUUGACUUUGUCCGCGGUUGCAGCAGCUGCUCAAUCGUCAGUAUUUUCCAAGAUAGGGCAGAGUGAACUGCAGUGGAUGAAGGUUUGCAACUUGUAUGGGAAAUUCUGUAAUCAAAUUGGGGAAGGCAUUGCCAGUGCUGUGAUUGCAAGCCUUGGUAUGGUGCUUCUCUCUGCCAUUUCUGCUUUCAGUCUCUUCCGUUUGUACGGAGGAAACCAAGGGAAGAGCGACGCAAGGUGGUAG